CACCACAGCAAAUACAGGAAGAGCAUUCGGUCGUUUCAACUUGUGUCGACUGCAUAUUCUUAACAGCCUGGAGUCGGUAACCUAAUAUUAGCUCAUUUCACAGUGAACGUACUGGUGAACUUAAGACUUUCGAAAUGGGAGUGUAGUGGUUGUAAAACCAGCUCCAGAGUACCUUAGCCAAGCUGAGCUGCUGAACUGCUGAACAGUUAAGAGUAGAUUUAGAUGUUAAGUUUAGCUAAGUUGAGGUUUUAUAAAUAAAGGUUUGCUUUCACAUCUUGACAUGGAGUCAUUUGGAGCCCUUGGCACAGUCCUUGGAUGCUGUGCGGGCAUUGUGGUGGGUGGGCUUGUGUUUGCAGCCUACAAACUUGGCUUGCUCUACCAGUUGUUUCACAAGACUGAGACGAAGAGCCCACGUCAUGGUGGCGAGAGCGUGGCAGAAGUGCUCCGCGCCCAUGGGGUCAAGUAUGUUUUCACCCUUGUCGGUGGACACAUCUCGCCUAUCCUGGUGGCUUGCGAGAAGUUGGGAAUCCGCAUUGUGGACACCAGACAUGAGGCCACUGCUGUCUUCGCUGCUGAUGCUGUUGCAAGACUCUCAGGCACUGUUGGCAUUGCAGUAGUGACUGCUGGCCCAGGCCUCACUAACACAGUGACAGCAGUAAAGAAUGCCCAGAUGGCUGAAUCUCCAUUGCUGCUCAUGGGAGGAGCUGCUGGUACACUACUUCAGGGCAGAGGAGCGCUGCAAGAUAUCGACCAAAUAUCUCUCUUCAAGCCACUGUGUAAGUUCUGUGCCUCCAUCAGGACUAUCAGGGAGAUUGUGCCUACUGUCAGGAAAGCCCUAGCCAUCGCCCAGUCGGGAACGCCUGGACCUGUUUUCAUAGAGUUCCCCAUUGACACGCUCUAUCCCUACCAUGUUGUGUCCAAAGAGUUUGGAGUUAAAAACCCUCCCAAAGGCCUGAUGGGCAAAAUUGUCUCAUGGCACCUCAAUAACCACCUCAUGAACCUCUUCGCUGGAGCCUGGGAGACCAGAGACAUGUCUCCACUUCCUGUUGACAUCCCACAGGCCACAGAAGAUCAGGUACAAAUGUGCAUAGAGCUAGUGAGUCGGGCAAAGAAACCUGUUAUUCUGCUGGGUAGCCAAGCAACACAACCCCCAACGCCAGCCAAUGACAUCAGGAAGGCAUUGGAGGACCUGGGUAUCCCAUGUUUCCUUGGGGGCAUGGCCCGUGGCAUGCUGGGUAAAGACAGCCCCAUACACAUCAGACAGAACAGGAGAGAUGCUCUGAAGGAGGCUGACGUGGUGCUAUUAGCAGGCACUGUGUGUGACUUCCGGCUGAGCUACGGCAGAGUUCUCAACAGACGCAGUAAGAUCAUCGCUGUCAACAGAGAUAAGUUGCAGCUGAUGAAAAAUUCAGAUAUCUUCUGGAAACCAACUAUAGCAAUUCAGGGUGAUGCUGGUUCAUUUUUAGUGCGGCUUUGCAAUGGACUGAAGGGCCAUCGCUGUCCAGAGGAAUGGACUCAGAGCCUCAAAGCAGGAGAUAUGACAAAAGAAAAUGCAAACAGGGCUAAAGCUGAUGAGAAGACUGAACGCCACUUAAAUCCCUUGAAAGUCCUCCACUGUGUGGAUGAGCUGAUGGCGGAGGACAGCAUCAUUGUUGCCGAUGGGGGUGAUUUUGUUGGAAGUGCUGCUUACAUAAUGAGACCAAGAGGACCUAUGCGAUGGCUAGAUCCAGGAGCCUUUGGGACCCUGGGAGUUGGAGGAGGAUUUGCCCUGGGGGCAAAACUGUGCCGGCCUGAAUCCGAGGUGUGGAUAGUGUAUGGUGACGGCUCCUUAGGAUACAGUGUCGCAGAGUUUGACACGUUCACGAGACACAAGACACCAGUUAUAGCUGUGGUGGGAAAUGACGCAUGUUGGAGUCAGAUAUCCAGAGAGCAGGUUCCCAUCCUCGGCAGCAACGUGGCGUGUGGCCUUGCGUUUACAGAUUAUCAUAUAGUGGCAGAUGGUUACGGUGGUAAGGGCUACCUUGUAGGGCGUGAGGAUGAGGACAGGCUAAGCGACAUCAUCAGGCAGGCUCAGAGGGAGACCCAGGAGGGCAAGGCUACACUUCUCAAUGUUCUGAUAGGGAAGACCAACUUUAGAGAGGGCUCCAUCUCUGUGUAGAGCAACUGUGAUUUCUUAAAAUUCCUUCCUUUACCUUUGGCUCUUCAUAGACUUUACUAUCAGGCUCUAUGGGGGUUUUAGAAAGAUGGAAGAUACUGCUGGAUACUGUGUAGAGCACUAACCAGACCUAUGCUAAUCCUUUGUGCCCUUAAAGCCAUAUUUCACUUUGGUAAUAGAAAAUUACC